GUCACUACCUCCAUGUGACAGUGAAGAAAAUAGAAGGAAAAAGCAACACACAAUUAAAUAAAUGGUGUAGAAGAUAAUCCCGACCAAAACAGUUAGGAGAAAAUCCCAGUCAAAACAAUUAAACAAAUGAUGUAGAAGAAUAUCCUCAAGCGUGAACGGUGGAUGCACAUGCUAUUUUGGUUCCUUUUUUGCUUGAAGAAUCGAUUAAAACAAUUAGAAGAAGAAAUGGGUUCACAAUUUAAGUUCCUUUUUUUGAUUUUGAUUUUGAUUUAGAGAUUGAAUCUUGAUUUUGAGAGAAAUCGAUUUGUGUGGGGGAGAAUAAAGCUUGUAAAGAAUUGAGGAUGAAUGAAAAAAAUGUGAUUUUCAAUUUAAUGAAGGGAAAUACAUGAAUUCAAAUUUCAGGUGGCAAAAUUUAACGGGGUUAAUUGACACAUUAUAUUUUCAUCCAUCACGUGUAAUUUUUUUGUCCAAGUAGGCGGACGGAAGCAAUCGAGUGAUGGAUGGGUAAGUCGAUAACGUUUUAUUUUAGGAUGAACAGUUAGUAACCGAUAUAAACGUUAGUGAGAGGAUUUAAUUAACUCAAUCUUGGUUGUCUCCACCUUGGAGCGUCAGAGACUCAAAGUUGAGUCAGCCGAUCAGCUGAGUAUUAGGGUUUGUUCAUCCUGGGAAUGAAGAGAGAUGUCUCGCCAAAUGACGACUUCUGCUUUUCACAAUUCCAAAACCCUCGACAAUAAAUAUAUGCUUGGAGAUGAGAUUGGGAAAGGUGCAUAUGGACGAGUAUACAAGGGUUUGGAUUUGCAAAAUGGGGACUUUGUUGCAAUCAAGCAAGUCUCUCUCGAGAACAUUGCUCAGGAGGACUUAAACAUUAUUAUGCAAGAGAUUGAUUUGCUCAAGAAUUUAAAUCACAAAAAUAUUGUGAAAUAUCUUGGAUCUUUGAAGACAAAGACUCAUCUACAUAUAAUUCUUGAAUACGUGGAGAAUGGAUCACUCGCUAAUAUUAUCAAGCCAAAUAAAUUUGGCCCUUUUCCGGAGUCCUUGGUGGCCGUAUACAUAGCCCAGGUACUUGAAGGUCUGGUAUAUCUACAUGAACAAGGUGUCAUUCAUCGAGAUAUCAAAGGGGCAAAUAUUUUGACAACAAAAGAGGGACUUGUGAAACUUGCGGAUUUUGGGGUUGCAACAAAACUGACUGAAGCUGAUGUGAAUACCCAUUCAGUUGUUGGAACGCCGUACUGGAUGGCCCCUGAGGUCAUUGAAAUGUCGGGGGUUUGUGCUGCAUCUGACAUCUGGAGUGUUGGUUGCACGGUGAUUGAGCUUCUCACAUGUGUACCACCAUACUAUGAUCUCCAGCCCAUGCCUGCCCUCUUUCGGAUCGUGCAGGAUGAGCAUCCUCCAAUUCCAGAUAGUCUAUCUCCUGCUAUUACUGAUUUCCUGCGUCAGUGCUUUAAGAAGGAUGCUAGACACAGGCCUGAUGCAAAGACAUUACUUUCACAUCCUUGGAUACAGAACUCAAGACGGGCUUUGCAGACUUCUCUCCGCCAUAGUGGAACACUAAGAAACAUCGACGAAGUUGCAUCUGGUGAUACAGAAAGAUUAAACAGAGAUGGACAAGGGGAUAAAAUUGAAACUUCUUCUGCUGAGAAAGAAUCCAAAACAGAGUUGCUAUCAAAGGUCACUUUGGGGACCAGCAAGUCUACUGAGGAGGAUAAUGCUACUGUUGAUCUUAUUGAGGAAAGAACUCUUGACUUUGAGGAUGAGAUGACAUCAGAUCAAAUUCCCACGUUUGCUCUCUAUGAAAACUCUCAAAUACGGGAUAAUAGCGAUGCAUCAGUCUCCAGUUUGUUGGAAUAUGAGUCGUCCAACUUAGAUCAACAGAACAGAGCAAUGGUAAAUGGUGAGCUGGAAUCUCCCGUGUCUAGCAGGAAAAAUGCUGUAGCUAGAAAAGAUGAAGGAAGGGGCUGUUCUGUUCCUGUCGAGCAAUUUGAUUUUGGGCCAAAAAGCCAAGAUUAUGGCCCUCAGAAGGCUGUGAAGUCAUUAACAGUUUCAAGAGGAAAUGAGCUGAGUAGAUUUAGUGACACUCCUGGUGAUGCUUCUUUAGACGACUUAUUUCAUCCACUGGAGAAUCUGGAGGAUAGGGUUGCUAAAGCCUCUACUUCUGGAACCUCAUCAUAUGUAAAUGAACGCAAUGCUGCCUCAGACAGCGGAAAGAAUGAUCUGGCGACAAAGUUAAGAGCAACGAUUGCUCAAAAGCAAAUGGAGAAUGAAUCAACACGAGCAAAUGGUGGUGACUUACUGCGUAUAAUGAUGGGUGUUUUAAACGAAGAUGCAAUUGAUAUCGAUGCUUUGGGAUUUGAAGAUAAAUUGCCUGCAGAAAAUCUCUUUCACCUUCAGGCUGUUGAAUUUAGCAAAUUAGUGUCAUCAUUGAGACCAGAUGAACCAGAAGAUGUCAUUGUAUCUUCUUGUCAAAAGUUGAGUGCUAUCUUUCAACAGCGGCCAGAGCAGAAAAUUGUUUUCAUCACACAACAUGGUUUGCUUCCUCUAAUGGAAUUACUUGAGGUUCGACGAACUCGUGUCAUUUGUUCAGUGCUGCAAGUUGUGAACCAGAUAAUCAAGGAUAAUACAGACUUCCUGGAGAAUGCUUGUCUUGUCGGUCUAAUCCCUGUUGUGAUGAGCUUUGCCAUGCCUGACAGUCCCCGGGAGGUUCGCAUGGAAGCAGCUUUCUUUUUGCAGCAGCUCUGCCAAUCAAGCUCAUUGACAUUGCAGAUGUUUAUUGCUUGUCGUGGCAUACCAAUCCUUGUGGGCUUUCUGGAGGCUGAUUCUGCAAAGCAUAGGGAAAUGGUUCAUAUUGCUAUUGAUGGCAUGUGGCAGAUUUUCAAGCUUCAGAGGUCCACCUCCAGAAAUGAUUUCUGUCGUAUUGCUGCCAAGAGUGGGAUAUUACUCAGACUUAUCAAUACUCUUUAUAGCUUGAAUGAGGCAACACGUAUGGCUUCCAUAGCUGUUGGUGGUGGAUUCCCUGCCGAUGGGCUAGCACCACGACCACGAUCUGGUCCUCUUGAUUCUAGCAGUCCUUCCUUUGUGCAGACAGAUACACCAUUUUACGGAAUUGAUCAACCCGAUCAUCUUAAAAUGAAACAAGGAGAUCAUGCAUCACUACCAGGAGUGCAAGAACCGUCACAAACAUCAGUAUCACAUUCUCCUGAUUCACUAUUCUUUGCUCCAGAUGCUGAUAGACCUCGGUCAAAUAUUGCUAAUGUGGAGGCUUCUGGUGCUUCAAAAUUACCAGAUUCUGCAGGUUUGGACAAAGGAAGCAAUGCUGCGUCAAAGAGAGAGUCUCGAGCUGAAGUUGAACUGAAACAGCAGAGAGGCUCAAAUGCAGGAAGUAUAACAUCGAAGGAUAGGCCCCCAAAAGUUGUGGAAGGGGCAUCAAAUGGGUUUUCUUCAGCUACUGCUACUCAACAAGAGAAUGUUCGACCGCUUCUCAGUUUGUUGGAUAAGGAGCCUCCAUCACGCCAUUUCUCUGGUCAGCUUGAGUAUGUACGUCAUCUUACUGGGUUGGAGAAACAUGAUACUAUACUACCUCUUUUACAUGCAUCUGUUGACAAGAAAACAAAUGGGCUGGACUUUUUGAUGGCAGAAUUUUCAGAGGUAUCUGGACGAGGGAGGGAAAACUCCAUGGAGUCAUUACCUAGAAGUUCACCUAAAACAGCGAAUAAGAAGUUAGGAUCCCUGACAUCUAAUGGCGGAAUCGCCUCCACAGCUGGACUUGCAUCUCAGACAGCAUCAGGCGUGCUGUCUGGUUCUGGAGUUUUAAAUGCUAGGCCAGGAAGUGCAACAUCAUCUGGGUUACUAUCGCACAUGGUAUCAUCUUGGAAUGUUGAUGUAGCUCGGGAAUAUCUGGAAAAGGUAGCAGACCUUCUACUUGAGUUUGCUGCCGCUGACACAACAGUUAAAUCUUACAUGUGUAGCCAAAGUUUACUGAGUCGUGUUUUCCAGAUGUUCAAUAAGAUAGAGCCUCCAAUUCUUUUAAAGUUGUUGAAGUGUAUUCAUCAUCUCUCCACUGAUCCACAUUGCUUAGAACAUCUUCAACGAGCAGAUGCAAUAAAGUAUUUGAUCCCUAACCUCGAUCUCAGAGAGGGUGCCCUUGUAUCCCAAAUACAUCAAGAGGUUCUCCAUGCCCUUUUCAAUUUGUGCAAGAUUAACAAGCGGAGACAGGAACAAGCAGCGGAAAACGGAAUUAUUCCACACUUGAUGCAAUUCAUCAUGUCAGAUUCUCCAUUGAAACAAUAUGCAUUACCGCUGCUAUGUGAUAUGGCCCAUGCAUCACGUAAUUCAAGGGAGCAAUUACGGGCUCAUGGAGGACUGGAUGUGUACCUUAGCCUUCUUGAAGAUGAGUUUUGGUCUGUGACGGCAUUAGAUUCAAUAGCUGUAUGCUUGGCCCAUGACAAUGAGAACAAGAAAGUGGAGCAAGCUUUGUCGAAAAAGGAUGCUGUACAGAAACUGGUUAAGUUCUUCCAGUGCUGUCCAGAGCAGCAUUUCUUGCACAUGCUGGAGCCUUUCUUGAAAAUUAUCACGAAAUCAUCUCGAAUAAAUACCACUCUUGCAGUCAACGGUUUGACACCACUCCUGAUUUCGAGACUUGACCAUCCAGAUGCUAUAGCUCGCCUGAAUUUGCUUAAACUAAUUAAGGCUGUUUAUGAGCACCAUCCUCGUCCAAAGCAACUGAUUGUGGAGAAUGAUUUACCUCAGAAGCUUCAAAAUUUGAUUGAGGAGAGAAGAGAUGGGCAGAGUUCUGGUGGCCAAGUUCUGGUAAAACAAAUGGCCACUUCAUUACUCAAAGCACUUCAUAUCAACACAGUUUUGUAAAUUCUUGCGUCUUCAUAUUUUUACAUGUUUGUUGAAAAAUUUUAAUAUUUUGUUUCCAUAUUCUUGAAAUCAAUUUUUAGUGUAAGUUAUUUUUCAGCUGUCCCGUAUGUUUGGAAAUUUGGCUUGCUUAAGCUAUAUUUAUAUGAGAAAUGCUAAAUGGCCAGGGUCAUUUGCAUACCCUAGUCAGAUUCUCUCUUA